GAUUUAACAGAAUAUUAAAUAGAGAUAUAUAUGCAUAUUAAUUUGUUUUAAGAGUGAUUGGCGUCUCAUGCUGGUAAACACUGAAUAUUAAUGAGAAGUCUGAAUAUUAAUCAGAACUAUAUUUGCAUAUUAAUUUGUUUUAAGAAUGAUUGGUGCCUCAUGCUCGUAAAAACUGAAUAUUAAUGAGAAGUGUGAAUAUUAAUUAGAACUACAUUUCAUAUUAAUUUGUUUUAAGAAUGAUUGGUGCCGCAUACUAGUAAAUAUUGUAUAUUAAUUAGAAAUAUGAAUAUUGCUGAGAACUAUAUUUGCAUAUUAAUUUGUGUUAAGAGUGAUUUGCGCCUUCAUGCUGGUAAAAAAAGAAGUUUUAAUUGGAAAUCAGAAUAUUAAUCAGAACUAUAUUUUCAGCUGGCUGCAUACCCGAGCAGGGAUACGUGCGGCUGAACCGGACAAACCUAUGCAUCAAGAUGUUCAUGGAGAUCAAACUGCUUAAUGACGCACGCAACAGUUGCAGCCAAUCGGGUGCAAGAUUGGUUGUCCUGGAUACGGAGGAGAAAAAUACUGAUGUCGGUGAAUAUAUAAAAGCAAACGGUGACGAGGGUAUGUACCUCAUUGGCUUGACAGACGUACAACAAGAAGGCAGAUUUGUCUGGGAGAAUGGAAAAGACGUCGGUUUUUCAAACUGGGAUCCUGUGGAGCCAAAUGGUGACACCGGUGAAAAUUGUGCGGUGGUCUAUUCAACCACAUACCUGUGGUAUGACUACACUUGCACAAAAACAUACAAAUACAUUUGUGAGAAACUAUUCUAAUCGGGUGCAGUGUUUUGGGGGUUUUUGUUUCUAAUUAAUAUAAUACCAUUUUUAUGUCAACAAUUGAUGUGGGCGAGACGUAGUCCAGUGGUAAAGCGCUUGCUUGAUGCACAGUCGGACUGGGAUUGAU